AUGGAGCUGCUUCAACGGAUUCGUAACAUGUGGCAAUUCGCCAACUUGUGUCAAUGGAUAUACAUUUUUGGUGAAGCUGUCGCAAUUAACGUAUCAAUUGACAUCGAAUAUAUCGAGGCAGAAUGUCUCAAACCAAAUUCACCAGGUCUCGACGAUAUUGCUUUAGCACUCUUGAAAACGGUCACCUCACAUCGUGGUCUUACCCACGAAGCAUUUGACAACCAAGCUCGAAUGCAGUACGUUCUGAGGUCGCCAGAAUCAAAUCCGUUUGGUGACGAAAAUGCCCCCAAAGCCUUUUCUGAUCUCGACGUAUUCACAAAGAUCAAAGUAAUGCAACAGUUUACCCAGUGGAUCAUGACCCGGCCGGAGCUACUUCGAGAGAAAAUGAAAGAACAAAAAGAUACAGAGCAAACAUCAUGGCGAAUCGAGCCAUAUGGGUGGGAUAGAGAAGAUCGAAUCUAUUACGUCCUGGAUGACAAUCGAGUAUAUCGACUAUCAGAAGCACCUCCAAGCCGUAAACCAUCAAAGCCCAAGCCAAACCGUGGGUCCCGACGUCCAGGCAAAAGGCGACGCGUAUCCGAAUCGAUCGACGACACAGCUUCCUCCUUCGAAGACUCGAUAAAAGAUGACCCUGAAGCUGAUUUGGAAGAUAAUUAUCUUGGAGGCAUGGCUUGGGAAUGUGUUGCUGUGACGCUUGCAGAAGUCCAGGGCCUCGUCAACAGUAUGGCUUCAUCCCGGGACGAAAACGAAAAAGUACUUCGACGACAGCUUCGAGACCAUCUUCUGCCUAUUCUGGAGAAACAAGAAGAAGAUAGAAUUCGUCGAGAGCUAAGACGCGAGAAGGAGUUGCAGGUACUUGCCAAGAUGGCCAAUGCCAAACGGUCAAGCAGAAUUGCUAUGAAGGCAGAGCAGCGACAGAAAGAAGAGCAGGAGAGAUUAGAGACUGAACAUCUCCGGGAAGCAGAAGCAAUUCAGCGCCGCGAGGAGCGGAAACAGGAGAAAAUCCAAAGAGAGCUCGAAAUGAGGCUUGCGUCUAGAGAGGAACGUUUGAAAAAGAGAGAAGAACGUCGCACCACUCAUGACGAGAAUGACGCUCAGGUGUCUGUGGGCGAUGGCGAUGAUACUGUAGUAGCAGCUGGAGUGUUUCUACAGCAUCAAAUUCAGGUCGGAGAAGGCUCAGGGGGUGUCAAAAACAUGCAGGACGAAGAGGAGGGUUGGGUAUUUGACUGCUCAUGCGGCUUGUAUGGGCAAGUGGAUGAUGGCAACCACAGCGUGGCAUGCGAGAGCUGCAAUGUAUGGCAGCACAGCAAAUGCUUGGGCAUCAGCGAAGCCGCUGCUGAUCAUCCCGAUUUUCAUUUUGUCUGCGCCUCAUGUCGUCAAAAAAGGGAUCCUAUUGCAGCGCUGAAAAGUCACAUGGCACCUGAAUCUACACUUAAACCUGAACCAGAACUUCGACCUGAACCUACACUGAGAUCUGAACCUGCACCUGCACCUGCACUUGCACCUGAGGCUGAACCUGAAGGUAAUGUUGGUCAAAAUACUGCUUCUACCACUACUCUUAUUACUCCUGCUUCUGCGGCUACUGCUGCUGCUAUUGCUGCUGCUAUUGCUUCCGCAACUGCCACCACUGCCGUCAUUCCUACCACUACUUCCAUUAUCUAA